GUUAAUUCGUAGAUUCAUUUCUCUCUCCUCACAAUUUCUCUCUCUCUAGCUAUCGUUCUCUGUAGGAAUAGUGAAGGUGUAAACGAAGACGAAGAAAGAGGGUUUUCUAGGGUUUGUGGCGGUCCCGUUAGCGAUCCAGGUUUCGAAUUGGAUUCUUGCUUACAGUUUCGCGCGUUCUAUUUCCUUCUUUUCGCGCUUUUUCGUAGCUUCGAUUGGGUUUUUCCUUUUCGAUCUAGGGUUAUCGCUGAUUUGAUCCUGAUUUCCCUUUGAUUCCGUUUCCUUCUUCGUUUGGUCCUUCUUUUCGCUCGCAUUUCUCUAUUUUUUGCUCAAUUUGAAGUAGCAAGGGUGCAUUGUUUGGUGUGAGCGUAACUGGGAGGGUUUUCUCUAGGGUUCUGGGGUCGAUUUCGCUGUUCAAGCUUCUACACUUUCAUUUCUGUUGUCAAACAUCAAAUUGCUACUACUACGGGAUUGCAGAGAAGAAGAAGCCCUAAAUUUUCAACAUUUUUGCUACUGGUACGUUGAGUGUAUAGAUGCAACAGGGGAAAAUUGCUAUAUAGGGUUGAGUAUUUAUCUGCUUGAAGACCAUUUUAUAAAUAAUAUUAUAAUUAAAGAAGGACAACAAAAUUUGAUGAAAUUUUGAUUUGUAUUGCAAACUGGAGAAUUAGUAAGACCUAGUUUCUACUUCGGGAGAAUACAGAUUUUGGGGAGGAAAACUCAUUGUCAAGGUUGAUAUGUGCAGAUAUUGGAAUUUUAUCUCAUGGCACCGACUGUACUUGUAGAAUUAGCUGGACAAAAGGAAUCAAAGAAGUGCACUCUUACACAGGUGAUGGGCAAGUCGCGAAAGUAUUUGAAAAGUUAUGCUACUGGUUUUGUUCCUGAUUUUCGCCAUGCUGUUGCUGAGACUUUGGGGGGUGAAUCAGAAGGGCUUGAACUGAGAGUAGUGGAAGGUUUGUCGUGUGCGCCUAAGAUGAAAUAUCCCAGUUUGGAUGUUGAUGGCUGUGAUAGUUUUGGUGUACCGUUUCAACUAUUGGGUUUAUCGAAGAUGUCGCGUUCUGAGAGAAAGAACUUGAAACGGAGGUUGAAAUGGGAACUUGACGAAGUAAGGAAACUUCAGAAGAGAGCCCCAAACAUGAAUUCAAACAUUACUGCUACUGCUGCAUUGCCUUCCUAUGGUGACAUACGGAGCUCCAGUGAGGGACAAAAGAGGCCUCUACUGGAAAGGCAGCAUAGCUCGCUGGAAGCAACAACACCACACAGUAAGAAACAUCUCCCACCAAAGCCUAAUAGUUCUAAAACAAAGAGAAGUGUUUCUGGGCGAAAUGCUGAAUCCGAUAAACCUUCUGCUCCAGUGACUCCUUCGUAUGGUGCAUUGAUGAAACAGUGCGAGUCCGUACUUGGCCGUUUGCUGUCUCACAAAUUUGGUCCGUUUUUUGACAAACCAGUUGAUGUUGUAAAGUGGAAUAUCCCAGAUUAUUUCACUAUCAUCAAGCAUCCGAUGGAUUUGGGUACUGUGAAGAGUAAACUGGGCUCUGGUAAAUAUUCAAGUCCUAAAGAUUUUGCUGCAGAUGUACGGCUGACUUUCUCAAAUGCGAUGACAUACAAUCCACCCGGCAAUGAUGUGCAUAUCAUGGCAGACUUACUAAAUAAAUAUUUUGAAACGAGAUGGAAGCCUAUAGAAAAGAAAAUUCCUGCCAUUGACAAUGUGCCAUCUGAGCCUUCGAAACCCACUACAUGUGUUCAAACUGAAAUUGCUGACCCUAUUCCUCGGCUAAAAAAGCAGAAAAUAACACCAAAGGACACAAAAGUCAAGCCAAAGUGUAUUGAUAGAAUCAUGACUGAUGAGGAGAAGCAGAAGAUGAGUUUGGAGUUGGAGGCUUUACUUGCAGAAGAUGAGUCGCCUGAAACCAUCAUUGAUUUCUUAAAGGAGCAAAGUCAUAAUUCUGGGCAAACAAAUGAUGAUGAAAUUGAGAUUGAUAUUGAUGCUCUUGGGAAUGAUACAUUAUUUAAAUUGAGGAAGCUUCUUGAUGAUUAUGUGAUGGAGAAGCAAAAAAUCCAUGCAGCAACUGAACCAUGUGAAAUCAAGCUUGCAAAUGAAUCCGGAUUUCACAAUUUACCAGUGCAACAAUGCAAUGAACCAGUUGAAGAGGACAUAGAUAUUGUUGGGGGGAAUGAUCCUCCUCUUUCAAGUUACCCUCCAGUGGAGAUUGAUGUCACCAACAAAGACAGUAAAUCCAGUAGUUCUAGCAGCUCCAGCAGCGAUUCUGGCUCUUCAUCCAGUGAUUCAGGUAGUUCGGCAGAUAGUGAGCCAGACAUUCCUAAAGCAUCAGCGCCUUUUACUCCUAGCAAGGAAAAACUAGGACCGGGCUUGUCUUUAGAUCAAAAGAAUGGGGAUCUAGGUAAUUCAGAAACCGGAAUAGAUUCAAUGAAUGCAGUUGGCCAUGUUGAGCCAAGUUCCCUGAUAAAUCCAGUUAUUAACGAACCAGAAAGCCAUCAAGAGGGGGAGAGUGCUCCAUCUAAGAGGCAAGUCUCUCCCGAUAAGCUUUACCGUGCAGCAUUAUUAAGGAGCAGAUUUGCUGACACUAUACUUAAAGCUCAAGAAAAGGCACUUGAGAAGGGUGAGAAGCAGGACCCUGAAAAACUUAGGAUGGAACGAGAAGAGCUCGAGAGACGGAAGAAGGAAGAGAAAGCGCGGUUGAAGGCUGAGGCAAAGGCUGCAGAAGAGGCUCAGAGGAAAGCUGAAGCAAAAGCUGCAGCUGAAGCUAAAAGGAGGAGAGAACUGGAGAGGGAAGAGGCUCGUCAGGCCUUGCAAAAGAUGGAGAAGACUGUAGAUAUCAAUGAGAGCAGUCAAUUCUUGGAAGAUCUAGAGAUGCUGAGUGGUGUACAAGAUGAACCUUUAAUAAGUUUCGCUGAAGAGUCAAGCCCAGAUCGUCCUCAAAAUGGACUGGGUUCUUUCAAACGACAGGGUAGUUUUAAUCCAUUAGAACAGCUAGGGUUGUACAUGAAGGUGGAUGAUGAGGAUGAGGAAGAAGAACCUCCUAAGAAUGAAGCAGGGCCAACAGAUGACGUAGAAGAAGGAGAAAUUGAUUAAUGGGUUUGUUAUAUCUCAUUGCAGCAUCAGGUUACCAAGAAAAAAUGGUGGCCUUAAGGAAAAGUAGCCGAGUUCAGGAACACUGUUUGCUUUGGCACCAAAAGCUAGAGCACAAGGUCAUAGAGAUUGGAUUUAGUUUUAGAUUUGGAAAUGGUUCAAAAGUGUGGUUAGCUUUGUAGCCCCGAUUUAUUGAUGGGCUUUGCUAUGGAGGUGGAAAACUAGAAUAUUUUAGUAUGUACAAUUUUAUUUUAUUUGUAAAAAGUAAUUCAUAUGCACUGAUCUUUAGCUUCACUGAUGAUGUAAAUUAUUCUAGAUAUGAGGCACAAGUUAUUCUUGUUACUAUUCAAAAUUAAAAUGAAUUAAGAGAUUGAUAUAUCACA